AUGCGUGAGACCGUCGUCAUCGUCGACGGGUCCGAACAGCCUUCGACCAACUUGCGGGAUGGCCUGGCCCAACGGUGGUUGAUCCUGGAACCGCGCCUGGAUGACUUUACGGCCGGGGCGGAGGAACAACUCGCCGCUGCGGUCGGCCCAUUGGCAUCCGGACAAUACGGGCUGAUCGGAGUUUCGGCCGGCGCGUCCGUGGCCAUCCAACACGCCCGGCGUUCCCCCGAGCGGGUGACGGCGCUGGUCCUGGUGGCGCCGCUAGCGAUACGACCCGCCGGAGAUGCUCUCAGCGGUGGCGCCACGGACCUGGAAAGCAGUCUCGGCGAAAUCCAAUGUCCCACUCUGGUGGUGUUCGGCCAGGCAGACACGCGGGUGGCUCCCGAGGCCGCCAGCAUCUACCGCAGCCGCAUCCCCAACUGCAACAUCGCCUUCGUGUACGACGCUGGCCACCACAUCGCCGCCGAACGCCCGCAGGCCCUGCUGAAUCUCGUUGGCGACUACCUCGAGAGGCGCGAGACCUUCAUCGUGCAGAACCGCAGCGGCGCGAUCAAUCCCUGA